CGCUAAUCGUAGGAUGUGUAUUAUACUUAGAAUCAAAAUCGCAAAGGUUACGGAUCGACUUCAUGAUCGACACUUUAGAAAUAUAGAAUAUAUGGGCAUAAGUGACUUGAUUAAUUCGGGAAAUGAACAAUGAUAUCCAAGGUGAUAUGAAAGUUUCCAAUUGGAAACGAGAGCAGAAAGAGAAUAAUAAACUAAUUUGCUACUAUACUCUGGUUCAUAAACUCUCAGGCAACUCGAAAGAAAUGCAUGCCAAUGUCACUUAUUCUGAAACUCGGACUGUUGGUUUUACAAAUCCAUAGAAACCUGAAACCCCAACUCCCAGUUCUUCUGAUAAGCCCUAGUUUCGCCAGUAGUCCAGACUUG